AUGGCGGCGCCGAUACCCCGUGAGUGGGUUGGUCUGCAGCAGUUCCCGGCGGCCACCCAGACCAAGCUGCACGAGCUCCUCGGCAAGCUCAAGGAGGAGAAUGUGAGCACAUUGACGAUUCUGGUGAUGGGGAAGGGCGGUGUGGGGAAGUCAUCCACUGUCAACUCCAUUGUCGGGGAGAGGGUCGCGAACGUCAGUGCGUUCCAGGUCUCACUUCUUCCUGGCCCUGUCUCUGUUUGUGCCUCUUUGUGGGUUACUCACGUGAGUGCGUUGUCGUAUGUUGUUUCUAUGCAGUCUGAGGGUCUGAGGCCAAUGAUGUGCUCCCGCACCAGGGCAGGAUUCACCUUGAACAUUAUCGACACUCCUGGGCUCAUUGAAGGUGGGUAUAUCAAUGAGCAGGCUGUCGAAAUCAUAAAGAGGUUUCUUCUGGAGAAGACUAUUGAUGUCCUCCUGUACGUCGAUCGCUUGGAUACAUAUAGAAUGGAUACAUUGGAUGAACAAGUUAUAAGAGCCAUUACUAAUUCAUUAGGGAAGGCCAUUUGGAGAAGAACAUUGGUUGUAUUGACCCAUGCCCAGCUGUCUCCUCCUGAUGGAAUUGACUAUAAUGAUUUCCUUGCAAGAAGAUCAGAGUCGCUUCUGCGAUAUAUCCGUUCUGGUGCAGGAAUCGGCAAACGAGAAUAUGCGGAUUUUCCCUUGCCAAUAGCUUUGGCAGAGAACAGUGGAAGGUGCAAGACUAAUGAGAAUGGGGCGAAGAUUCUUCCUGAUGGAACUCCAUGGAUUCCAAACUUGAUGAAAGAAAUUACUAUCGUUGUCUCAAAUGGGAGCAAGUCCAUUCAUGUUGAUCAGAAGUUAAUCGACGGUCCAAAUCCCAACAAUCGCUGGAAGAAGUACAUACCUCUCAUCCUUGCCGUGCAGUACUUUUUUGUGGUAAAAGGAAUCCGAAGGGCUAUUCAUUCUGACAUUUCGAACGGGAAGCUGGAUGACUGGGAGCAACGCUAUAGAGACUUGGUUGGAAGCGGCAACCCUGUAGACCAGAAAGUUUCGUCAUCCCGCAACCCUAAGGCCUGA